AUGCAAGCGCACCUGGCCCUCGCCGCCUUCCUGAAGGCGCAAGUCUCUCGUGCGCGCUUGCCCGGCUUGUCGGGUGGCCGCGGGAGGUACUACUCAAUGUGGAAUCCACCACUGACAUCCGCAGCCUUCGAUUCGACACAGCAGGUCCUGCCAAGCUUCAAGAGGCACAUCUUCUUUCCGUUCUUCCUCACCAGCACCGCAAAACCAUCACCGGUUUACGUUAAGGCAAACGGCCUCGACCACAUUGGCACUACUGGAUGGAUGGAUGGAUGGGGGUGGGUUCGGUUCGGUUCCAUCUUCUCAUCCAAGCUCAACUUGGUCCAGAAUGACCAAAACCCUCACUUUUUUGCCUCGGCUUCUUUCGACAUCAUCCUUGUUCCGUCCUUAAAGCCCAUCCUGGCGCCCGAGGCAUGGGGUACGUCUGGUCUGUACGAUACUUCGCUGCCUUUCACCCACCGAUUCGCGCAGUUCGUCAGGCGCUUUGAAACGGUUGAAAAGCUGCGACAUGGAUCUUGCUUGGGCACGUUGCCGGAACCCAUUGCCCAGCCCAGAGUCCCAGACAUUUGUCUUUCCGACAACGGCAAUGGCGCAUUGGGAGCUUUGGACACCAGCUCCAACUCUAUUUCCGGGACAUGGCCACGGCUUCCUCUCGCCGGCCCAAUCUCGACACCUCUGUUGGCAUUAUCAGAGCUCGCAGUGCCACUCGCUGUCUUGCGCUCAGUCAGUGCCCUCAGGUCACGCUACGUUGGACGUUAUGCGAUGGCUCCACGAGAGAUCACCAAGAGAUCAAUGUUGGGCAAGGCCCGCAAACACAACCGACUCUGA